AGGCUAAUAUGACUUCCACAGAUAUUGCACUGAGGAGACUGGCUUCAGAAGCACUGAUAAUGCUCCAGACUCAUCAGACUCUGCUGUUAGGCAACGGGACUUUAAAGAUUUCUACACCUCAUCAAAAUGAUAACCUCUUGUGCAUUGAAGAAAUCUUCCAGGGAAUAGGCACACUGAAAAACCACACCACCAAAGGACAUUUAGGCACAGAAGCCUUUUUUCACGGCUUAUCUUCACUAAGAGACCACAUAUCCAUCGAAGAAAAGAAGUGCAGAGGGCCAAGGAGAAACGUUGGAGACUUCCUGAAACACCUGCAGAUAUUUCUCCAACAGAUCAAGACAGAUGGCAUCGGGAGAAAAUGUGAUUCGUGUAAAGCCGCAGAGACGGAGGAGGCAGAAAAGGCUUAAGCGCCGGAGGUUGAGCUGAAGUCCCCCGCCCCGGUCGUUUUCCAUCACUAUCCUGAAACAAAUGGCAGUAAAGUUUUCAGAGCUCAUUCUCCCCACCCUCUCCAUUUCAGGCAAGAUAGAACCUUUCCCUUUCGCAUAAUAUUGUUUUCCCUUUUCCUUCUUCACCUUUUCCUUGGGCAUUUGUUUAUUCGUGCCUGCUGAACACAGUUACUACUACUGAACUGCUUGGAAGCACAGUCGGGAAGGGAAUCCACCACCCCUCUGGAAGAAAUAACACCACGGGACCAUGGAGUCGAGAUGCUCGGAAUCUUACCUGGACCAAGAGCCUUCUGGACUUGGCAGCAUUACCGGCUGUCUGAAGUCAGUUUGUGGAGAUUUGUCAUCUUUCCCGAAAUGAGUGAAUGAAAAAGUGACUUUUGAGUCCCCGGUACUGAAGUCAGUUUGUAGCAAUUUGUCAUCUUUCCCUAAAUGAGGGAAUGAAAGAUGACUUUUGGGAUCUUGGGAAGGGUAAGUGGGUUGUACUUGCCAAGCGCUCUUUGUUCUUAUGUGGAUCAGUAUUCCCCCACCAAGCAUUUAGACCCUUGGCUAAUGGCCUUCAAACCCCAGGUCAACCUAGAGGUUGUUCCUGAGGCCAACUAAGAUUGGUCAGUAGGCAAAUGUCCCCAGUAUAAAGAUCAAUGGGACAAUGGAAAACUGUGAACUCCCUUCAGCAAGCUGGGUGUCCCAAAGAAGCUGGAGAAGGGGUGGAGAUUCCUGCAGGAUUAUAGCCCUUAGGACAUGCCCCUUCCCGUUGUCCUCUAUUUGAUGUCAGACUAUAUUUUUCAGUCCUCCUGCCUUCUUCUGCAAGCACGAGGUGGAAAGUGCUCAGAAAUAGUUUUAUAAAAUUGCACGGGAGUUGAUAACCGUCCUCCUGUCAUCCAAAUCCUGGCUCUCCGUCGUAGAUACUUCACUCUUAUUUAACAAACGUCCUCUAAAAAUGUCUGUUAAUUUAAAGCUAUUUAUGAAUGGGUUCAUGGAAUUCCAAGUUUUGAAGGAUAAAUAUUUAUUCUGUGUGCUGCCAUCUCUCAAUAAAGCCUCCAAGCAGGUG